UUGAACAAGUGAAGACAACAAUGUCAAGAUUGAAAAAUUUGGGUAUAGAUGUAUAAAAUUGUAGAAUUUCUGUCAAGAAAGCCCCAUGGAUUUUUUGAGACAGAAAGCAUCGAAGCGUUUGUAUCUAAACAUGAGUGAAAAGUCGAAGACAUCUAGUAUAGCAGUUGGAUCUCUAGUAUGGGUGGAGCAUCCUGAGGAAGCCUGGAUAGAUGGGGAAGUUGUGGAAGUUAAUGGAGGAGAAAUUAAAGUGGCCUGUACAUCAGGAGAGGAAAUUACAGCUAAUGCAGCAAAGGCCUAUCCAAAAGAUCCUGAGGCUCCGGCCUGUGGCGUGGAUGAUAUGACCAAGCUUGCUUAUCUGCAUGAACCAGGCGUUCUGCAGAAUUUGAAAUCUCGAUAUGAUGUUAAUGAAAUAUAUACCUAUACUGGUAACAUAUUGAUAGCAGUGAACCCCUUUCAACGGUUGCCCCAUCUCUACAAUGAUGAUGUGAUGGAAAAGUACAAAGGAAUGGGACUGGGAGAGCUGAGCCCACAUCCUUUUGCCAUUGCUGAUGGUGCUUACAGGCAAAUGAUUAAAGAGGGUAUAAGCCAGUCAAUUUUGGUUAGUGGAGAAAGUGGAGCUGGUAAAACUGAAAGCACUAAAAUGCUAAUGUGUUAUCUUGCUCAUAUGGGAGGCAGCUCAAAGUCAGAGGGGCGGAGUGUGGAGCAGCAAGUACUUGAGUCGAGUCCCGUUCUGGAAGCUUUUGGUAAUGCAAAGACAGUGAGAAAUAACAAUUCAAGCCGCUUCGGCAAGUUUGUUGAGCUUCAGUUCAAUAGUAGGGGUAGGAUUUCUGGUGCUGCAAUCAGAACUUACUUGCUAGAAAGAUCACGUGUUUGCCAAGUGUCUGAUCCAGAAAGAAACUAUCAUUGUUUUUAUCUGCUUUGUGCUGCACCAGCAGAGGAUAGAGAAAAAUACAAAUUGGGAGAUCCAAGGACUUUUCAUUAUCUGAACCAGUCAAAUUGCAUUCAAUUGGCUGGAGUUGAUGAUUCCAAAGAAUAUGUUGAUACACGGAGGGCUAUGGAUGUAGUUGGGAUCAGCUCUGAUGAGCAGGAUGCAAUUUUCCGAGUCGUGGCGGCCAUCCUUCACUUGGGGAAUAUUGAGUUUGGAAAGACAAGUGAUGGUGAUGCUUCACAACCCAAGGACGAUCAGUCGCGAUUCCAUCUGAAAACAUCAGCUGAACUUUUGAUGUGCAAUGAGAAAGCUCUUGAAGACUCCUUGUGCAAACGUGUCAUGGUUACUCGUGAUGAGACCAUAACAAAAAGUCUAAAUCCAAAUGAUGCAGCAGUCAGUAGAGAUGCUCUGGCUAAAAUUAUCUAUUCAAGAUUGUUUGAUUGGCUUGUCAACAAGAUCAACAAUUCUAUUGGCCAAGAUCCUGAAUCAAAAUUCUUAAUUGGGGUGCUGGAUAUUUAUGGCUUCGAGAGUUUCAAGACAAACAGUUUCGAGCAAUUUUGCAUAAAUUUGACGAAUGAGAAACUGCAGCAACAUUUCAACCAGCACGUUUUCAAGAUGGAGCAAGAAGAGUAUACUCGUGAAGAAAUUGACUGGAGUUACAUAGAAUUUGUUGAUAAUCAAGAUAUUCUUGAUCUUAUUGAAAAGAAACCUGGUGGCAUUAUUGCUCUUCUUGAUGAGGCAUGUAUGUUUCCGAGAUCUACACAUGAGACAUUUGCGGAGAAGCUCUACCAGACAUUCAAAGAUCACAAGCGUUUCACCAAGCCAAAAUUAUCGAGGACUGGGUUUACGAUUUGCCAUUAUGCGGGUGAUGUCACUUAUCAGACAGAACUGUUCUUGGAUAAGAACAAAGACUAUGUUGUUGCUGAGCAUCAGGCUCUCCUCAGCGCUUCAAAUUGCUCCUUUGUCUCUGGACUUUUCCCACCUUUGCCUGAGGAAUCUUCUAAAUCAUCGAAAUUUUCUUCUAUUGGUUCUCGUUUUAAGCAACAGCUGCAAUCUCUGCUUGAGACACUUAGUGCCACGGAACCGCACUACAUUCGUUGUGUUAAGCCUAAUAAUCUUCUAAAGCCUCAUAUUUUUGAGAACAGUAAUGUUCUACAGCAACUUCGUUGUGGGGGAGUCAUGGAGGCUAUCAGGAUCAGUUGUGCUGGAUAUCCCACCCGCAAAACUUUUGAUGAGUUCUUGACUCGCUUCAAAGUUCUUGCGCCUAAUGCAUUGAAUGGGAGUUCUGAUGAGAUCACAGCUUGCAAGAGACUUCUGGAGAAAGCUGACCUUAAAGGUUUCCAGCUUGGCAAGACAAAAGUGUUUCUCAGAGCUGGUCAGAUGGCGGAAUUAGAUACUGUUCGCAAUCAGGUCCUUGGAGUAUCUGCUUCCAAAAUCCAGAGAAAGUUCCGCACAUAUUUGGCACGGAAAAGCUUCUUGUCAUUACGCAACUCUGCUAUACAAAUCCAGACCCUGUCUAGAGGGCAAGUUGCACGCCGUAUUUAUGAGCAUAAGAGGAGAAUAGCUGCUGCUACGACCAUCCAGAAAGAUAUGCGCAUGUCCGUUUCUAGGAAAGCUUAUACAUUAUUGCGCUCUUCUGCUGUGGCUGCACGUGAUGAGCUUCUACGUAGACGUCGGAAUAGAGCAGCUAUUGCUAUCCAGAGAUAUUGCCGAGGAUUCUUGGCUUGCCACAGCUAUUCAAGCUUGAAGGGAGCAGCAAAAGCUAUUCAGUGUGCUUGCAGAGCAAGUUUGGCUCUCCAAGAACUUCGAAAACUUAAAUUGGCUGCAAGGGAAACUGGUGCACUCCAAGAAGCUAAAGUCAAGUUGGAAGAGCAAGUCAAGGAAUUAACUUCGCAAUUGGAGUUGGAGAAACGCAUGAGGGUUGAGAUAGAGGAAGCCAAAAAUCACGAGAUCGCAAAAUUGCAAUCUGCUUUGGAAGAAAUGCAAAUGCAGUUUCAAGGUCAGGCUGCUAAUGAAACUAGUGAACUACAACAAACCAAAACCAAGUUGGAAAAGCAAAUAGAAAAAUUAACUUUGCAAUUGCAGCUGGAGAAACGCAUGAGGGCUGACAUUGAGGAAGCCAAAAAUUACGAGACCGCAAAAUCACAAUCUGCUUUGGACGAAAUGCAAGUGCAGUUUCGUGAAACCAAAGAACUGCUCAUAAAGGAACGUGAAUCGGCGAAUAAGGUAGCUGAGCAAGUGCUUCGUGCAGAGGGAGUUGCGGAUAGGGUAGCGGAGCAAGUAUCUCGUGUAGAAGGAGCUGCGGAUAGGGUAGCUGAGCAAGUAUCUCGUGUAGAAGGAGCUGCGGAUAAGGUAGUUGAGCAAGUACCUCGUGCAGAAGCAUUUGUGGAUAAGGUAGCAGAGCAAGUAACUCGUGCAGAAGGAGCUGCAGAUACGGUAGUCGAGCAAGAAACUAAUGCAGAAGGAGCUGCCGUCAGGGUAGCUGAGCAAGUACCUCAUGCAGAAGGAGCUGCUGUCAGGGUAGCUGAACAAGUACCUCAUGCAGAAGGAGCUGUAGCUGGGCAAGUUCCUAUGGGACAUGAACUAUUAAAUAAACUAACAGCUGAGAAUGAAAAGCUGAAGUUUUUAGUAAAUUCUCUGGAAAAGAGAAUAGAUGAAACGGAGAAGAAGUAUGAAGAGACAAACAAGCUCAGUGAGGAACGACUGAAGCAGGCAUUAGAGGCUGAGUCAAAAAUAAUUCAGUUGAAGACUGAAAUGCAGAGGCUUGAAGAAAAAAUUUCCGACCUGGAAACUACGGACCAGAUUCUCCGCCAGCAGGCUUUAAUAAAUCAUCCUGCUGGGAAAGCAUCGGGACAUUUAGUUCCAACAGCUCAGACAGCGGAGAAUGAUCAACCUCCUGAAGCUCAGAGUGCAUCAGUUGCUAAAAGAUUUGCUGAAUCUGAGAGCAUGAGGAAAUCUCAAAUUGAAAGGCAACGUGAGAAUAUAGAUACUCUCCUUAAGUGCAUCACAAAAAAUCUUGGGUUCAGUGAAGGAAAACCAGUCGCUGCAUUUACCAUUUACAAAUGCCUUAUUCAGUGGAGAUCAUUUGAAGCUGAAAGAACUAAUGUAUUUGAUCGUCUAAUUCAGAUUAUAGGUUCUGCAAUAGAGGACGAGGCAAACAAGGAUUGUAUGGUUUACUGGCUUACCAACACAUCUAUUCUACUAUUUCUACUUCAGCGAACUCUAAGAGCUCCUCCAAAUUCUCCUCGUUUGCCUCCACAGCCAACCUCAUUUUUUGGAAGGAUGACCCAAGGGUUCCGGUCAUUCAAUUCUUCUACCAACCUUGCUGUAGCUGGACUUAAUGAAGUGCGUCAGGUUGAGGCCAGGUAUCCAGCUCUGCUUUUCAAGGAGCAGCUGACUGCUUAUGUUGAGAAGAUUUAUGGAAUCGUUCGAGAUAAUUCAAAGAAGGAAAUAUCUCCACUGCUUUCUUCGUGUAUCCAGGCAUCCAGAUCAUCUCUAGAAAACUCGUCAGAAUCAUCUGACAACAGUUCGCUUACUAGUCAUUGGCAAAGCAUCAUUGAGAGCUUAAAUGGGCUUCUCAGUACAAUGAAAGAUAAUUUUGUUCCACUAGUCCUUGUUCAAAAAAUCUUCACCGAAAUCUUCUCUUAUAUAAAUGUUCAGAUCUUUAAUAGCCUUCUCCUCCAUAAAGAAUGUUGCACCUUUAACAAUGGUGAAUAUGUAAAAGCUGGGUUAGCUGAAUUAGAACUUUGGUGCGGAAAUGCACAAGAGUAUGCAGGCUCAUCAUUUGAUGAAUUACAAUAUGUACAGCAGGCUAUAAAACUUCUGGUUCUACAAAAAAAAUCAGAAUUAACUUAUGAUGUUCUUACUACUGAAAUGUGCCCGAAACUGAGCAGUCAACAACUUUAUAGAAUGUGUACUCUCUAUUCGGAUGACAAUUCUGGUGCAGAAAGUGUACCUCCAGAGGUUAUUUCUAGUUUGAAGAUACUUACAGGCGAGGACUCUAAUGAUGCCGGUGGUGAAUCAUUUGUGUUGGAUGACAAUGCCGGCAUCCCCUUCUCAAUCGACGAUAUAUGCAGUUCUCUCCAGGAAACGGAUUUCACAGGUGUAAAACCUGCACAAGAGCUUCUCGAAAAUCCAGCCUUCGAAUUUUUACAGGCAUAAGGCUGUGGCUUCCUUGGCAUCAUUCUUACAUCUAAUAAAUCCUUCAUCUCCUGCUAGUACUGUAAUGUAUAUCCACCUUCAUUCUUUUGUACAGUUGUGUUCUCGUUAAGAUAUCUUCGUUGCCUCCCCAAAUGGACUAAUGCUUAGAUGGAUUUGUAAAAUUCAUAGAUUUUGGUCUGACAGAGGGGGAAGGGAUGAACUUUUUCCACUUAGCUAGUCCCUUACCUUUAGGAUUAUGUCGUGGCAUUAUAUAUAUAUUUUUUGUAGCAACUAUCCACGUUAAUAGUCUUAGAUGUGAAACUGCUAUCGCCUCCCAAGUUUCAGCUGUAUGAACGGAAUCGUUAACCAGUAGCUGAAAAGGUGGCGCUUGAGUUCUUUAUAGUCAAGUUAGGUUACACAAAGAUCAUUCUAUAUAUUGAUGCGGGAGUGAAAGGAGCAUUACUUUGUUCAAAUUGAUCUUUGUUCUAAAGUUAAACAAAGAUUUGUUUUGUUUUUCUCCUAUUUGCCUUCAUAGCAAUAGCAGA